CAAAUUUCCUUCUCGUUCCCUUCUCGCAUUCCUCCUAUCGCUUCAAUCCCGCUACAUCAAGUCGCUUCCACGAUAAACAUUAAACCCCGUACAUACAUUCUCGCUGUCCUUGCAAUCGAAUCGUCCAUGUUUUCGAAUCCAGAUACAUCGUCAUCCCUGAGUUUCAGUCACGUGUGCGUGUCAGGGCACAGCACUGCACGGUCCCGAUUAAGUAGUAUAUGCAUCCUCAUCUUCGUUGCCAAGGACCGUUAUGCUCCUCACUUUUCCUCCGGAAGUCACUCUCCAUAUAUUCUCCUACCUCGACCUCCCGGACCUUGCUAUACUUUCUACUCUCUCACCUAUCCUAGCUCAGCUUGCGUCGGAUACUGCACUCCACAACAACCGCCUUCGCGUGGUGUCUCCUGCUCGCGUGCAGCAUGAUCUCUUCGCUGUGAGUCCCCGGGGUGAAAGUCUGCGGCCCAGCGUCGGCGACCUCGUUCAGCGAGGCGUCAUGCGUGGACUGGCUAUUGAGAGAAGAUGGCGUGCCGGGUCAUACUUCUAUUCACACAUCUCUGUGAUUCAGUAUGAGGCUUCGCUGUCUCUAGCCCGCCAGCAAGCCCGUCACGUCGUGUCGACACAGCAUCUCCGCCACCGCACGGAGUCGAAUCCCUUGCGUCGUCUAUACCAUUCUCAAGUAUAUCCAGACAUCGAAUCCGCCUCGACGUCGAUUUCACGGUCCCUCCUCCCGAUCAUGCGUAAACUGAAAUGGUCCCUGCAGCGGGAUAAGAUUGCCAGGAUCAUGAGGGACGGCAGCGGGGUUUUUGCUCUGCACCAGUGGCUCGAAGGACGCAGCCAUAUUCUCAAGGAUAACGAGCGCGUGCGCCUGGCCAUCUGUCCUAAUGUCAGAAAGAUAGUCAAAUUUUACGAGAAUCUGACACCCCGUUGAACGGUGGUGCUUUCACCGUGUCUGGUUCCUGAUCCUUGCCCUCUGUGUGCCUCUUCAAUUCAUGUAUGACCCCACGAUCGCAGAAUAUCCUCUUUAUAGCUGCAUGCGACCUGAUCCGCUUGUCUGAUGUGACUUAUUAUCUUGCUAUCUUAUCAUGAUCAAUUCGAUGUCUGUUCUUCCCUUGACCAUUGAAGUCUGUGUCGACUCGCUCCAGUCCGCUCUCAACGCUAUAGCUGGUGGAGUGGACCGACUGGAAGUUUGCGGCAACCUAGGCGUUGGCGGCGGCACAACACCUAGUCUGGGUCUAUUGAAAGCUAUCAAGCGCGCUGUAGAUGUCCCAAUCAUGGCGAUGAUUCGCCCGCGCACAGGCGACUUUUUGUAUAGUGAGAGUGAAGUUGAAGUGAUGCUGGAAGAUAUUCGCAUCGUCAAGCUGGAGGGUGUGGCUGGUGUGGUGAUAGGCGCCCUAACUGCUGAAGGGCGUGUCGACGUCGGAACUACUAAACGACUCGUCGAUGAAGCACUACCUCUGCAAGUCUGCUUUCACCGUGCGUUCGACAUGACUCGAGACGCCGCCGAAGCUCUUCAAGAUGUGAUAGGAAUCACAGGGAUUUCUCGUAUCCUGACAAGUGGACACGGCCCGACAGUUUUGGAAAAUCUCUGCACUGUCAAGACACUCUGCACGACACUACAAAUGGCUGGGCGGGAUUCACCAUGCCCACUCGAUAUCCUCCCUGGAUCCGGGAUCAACGCAACAACCGUGGGCCCGAUCUUGGAUGAACUGAUCCCUUGUGGACUGCGACAGAUACAUCUCAGUGGAGGAUCUUGGUUGGGAAGCGAUAUGCUACAUCGGGGCCCGAAUUUGGGGAUGGGCGUGGGGGAAAACGAGUGGGGCAUUUGGGUCACAAGCACUGAGAGGAUAAGAGAGGUCCGUCGCAAAGUAGACGGUAUCUGCAGAGAUCAUGCCGGCAAAAUAUCAUGAGGAAAACAUGGGGAGAAUGUGAUUAAGUCGCCAGCUUCCAGGGGGACAACGUGCUGGACACGGGCGCUGGAACCAGCUGUGAUCGCGAUCAUCACGGGCGAUCAUCGAUGCUGAUGCCGAUUAGAUGACGUUACUUACCGCCGGAGGACCGAGGGCCAAACGACCAAAAUACGGGCAGUGUGCUCAGUGUUUUCUUCACUCAGCCUCUCUUUAGAGCAUGUCCGCGAAAAACAAAUCGCCGCCACCUUCUGAAUCUGCGCCCCCCAUCUGGUGGUCGAACGCCUCCUUCUUCCUUCUGACUCACGCCGCUGCAAUUUAUGGAGCCCUGUUCUGGAGACCGUUCUACACCGUCCAUAAAGCUAGUCUUGUGCUGGGACUUCUGGUUUGGCAACUGGCAGAUUUUGGUAUCACCAUUGGGUACCAUCGUCUGUACAGUCACCGCGCCUUCAAAGCCAAGCUUCCAGUGCGCGUGGUUCUCGCUGUUCUUGGCUCAGCGGGGUUCCAGGGGUCAAUCAAAUGGUGGUGCUUGAGACACCGUCUACACCAUCGCUUCACCGAUGAUCCCCAACACGAUCCAUAUGCCGCCACUCGCGGCUUAUUCUAUUCUCACAUGGGAUGGAUCUUUUAUAAGCCCACGUACGAGCGUAUGGAAUUGGUAGACCGCGAAGACCUAGAUGCUGAUCCUGUCGUAAAGUUUCAGCACAAACACUAUGUUCCGCUUGCUCUUUUCUUCGGAAUAAUUCUUCCGACUUUGCUCGGAGGUCUGUGGGGUGAUGUCAGCGGUGCUUACGUUUGGGGGGGCCUUGUGCCACGACUGGCGAUUUGGCACUGCACUUUCCUGGUGAACUCUCUUGCGCAUUGGGACGGCCUGCAACCGUAUUCGGAUGAAGACACUUCACGUGGUAACUUGAUUCUGGCAUUGCUCACCGGUGGGGAGGGCUCACACAACUUCCAGCACUCGUUUCCUCAUGACUACCGCUCCGGCCCCCACCUGACCAAUUGGGAUCCAUCGAAAUGGAUCAUCAGUCUGCUACAUUCACUUGGAUUGGUCUACGGCCUUCGAAGUGUCAGGGAAGAGGAUCUCAAAGAAGCCACCGACUACAUGCAUUACAAGCACAAACACGGCUCUCCCCCUGAGGAGCUAGAGACUGAUUGGACUGGCGAAGCUUGGAAGCUCUCCCGCGCUCAUGAAUAUGUCAACUCCAAAGCUGGAGUAUGUCUGGUGGUCGUUGGCGAUUACUUCGUCGAUGCUACCAGCUAUCUCGGUGAACACGUCAGUCCACUGCGCUGCUUAAAUCAAUGAUCUUGUGACGCGUUUUCCAGCCGGGAGGAGCUUCGGUCAUCAGAAAAUACUCUGUCAGACCUAAGCAGGACUUGGUAGACGCCACUUGGGCCUACGACGGCGGUCUGAAGUGAGUGCACCGUCGUUUCCGGGUACUUGCAUUCAUGGUCCAUUAGCAACCACUCGCGCUCUGCCAGGAGACGGAUGCAAGAGUUUCGAGUCGCUCGAUUCAUUCGUGAUUGAUUUUUUAGAUACAUAUAUCAUAUAUGGUAAACGCCUUUGUCUGUAAUUUGUACUUUUGUGCAGCAUUACUCAGCGAAGCCGUAAUAUACACGCACAACGACCAUGGAGGUGUGGCUUGUAAAAC